AGGACUCCGACAACCUUCGACGACUAACCUCACAAAACAGUCAAAAUGGGCCGUGGACCAAAGAAGCACCAGAAGCGCCUCAGCGCGCCCUCGCACUGGCUUUUGGACAAGCUGUCCGGUGCCUACGCACCCAAGGCCUCCCCCGGUCCUCACAAGCUCCGCGACUCGCUGCCUCUCGUCAUCUUCCUGCGUAACCGCCUCAAGUAUGCGCUCAACGCCCGCGAGGUCAACGCCAUCCUCAUGCAGCGCCUCGUCAAGGUUGACGGCAAGGUCCGCACCGACUCGACGUUCCCCUCUGGUUUGAUGGACGUCAUCUCGAUCGAGAAGACUGGCGAGAACUUCCGCCUCAUCUACGACACCAAGGGCCGCUUCACCGUCCACAGGAUAACUGAUGAGGAGGCACAAUACAAGCUUGGCAAGGUCAAGCGUGUCCAGCUCGGCAAGGGCGGCAUUCCCUACUUGGUUACGCACGAUGCGCGAACAAUCCGCUACCCCGACCCGUCCAUCAAGGUCAACGACACUGUCAAGAUCGACCUCAGCACUGGCAAGAUCUCCGACUUCAUCACGUUCGAUACUGGUGUCAUUGUCAUGGUCACCGGUGGUCGUAACAUGGGUCGUGUUGGUGUCAUCAGCCAUCGUGAGCGCCACGACGGAGGCUUCAACAUUGUCCACUUGAAGGACGCCGUUGACAACGAGUUCACCACUCGUGAGACCAACGUCAUCGUCAUCGGAAAGGAGAAGCCAUGGAUCUCGCUGCCCAAGGGUAAGGGUGUCAAGCUCUCGAUUGCUGACGAGCGUGACCGCCGCAGGGCGUACGCCAUUGCUGGCCAGUAAGUGUGAUGGCUGGAGAGAGGUAGAUUAGCAUAUGAAGUUGGAAUGAUUCUAUGAGCAUCGGUGCAGGACUCGGA